GUUGGUCCUGGAGCAGAUGAGCGCAGAAUAUUUAGGCAAAAGCGAGAGGAGGGGGGGAGCGCGGGGCAGGAGGAGUACCUCGGCCAAGAAAAUUAUGCAUGCGUUAGGCAAGCUCUGAGAGAAUGGCUGUGGAAGCUCUCCACUGUGGUUUGACUCCGAGGGGUAUUGAUCACCCUGCCCAUGCUGAAGGAAUUAAGCUGCAGAUUGAAGGUGAAGGUGUAGAAUCGCAGUCCAUUAAAAACAACAAUUUCCAGAAGGUGCCUGACCAAAAAGGAACCCCCAAGAGACUGCAGGGAGAAGCUGAGACAGCAAAGUCAGCUACGGUGAAGCUGUCAAAACCAGUGGCCCUGUGGACGCAGCAGGAUGUCUGCAAGUGGCUGAAGAAGCACUGUCCAAACCAGUAUCAGAUCUACAGUGAGUCAUUCAAACAACAUGACAUAACUGGGCGAGCCCUGCUGAGACUCACAGACAAGAAGCUGGAACGCAUGGGGAUCAUCCAGGAGAACCAGCGCCAGCACGUCCUGCAGCAGGUGCUCCAGCUGAAGGUGCGGGAAGAAGUCAGAAACCUGCAGCUACUCACACAAGCCUCAACGGAGGGUUCUCCAUAAACACAUUAGCCUUGCAAGCCGCUGCCCGGCCAGUGGGCAUGAGCAUGGCCUGUUCCCCAGAGAAAGACUUACUCUUGGCACCGCCAGAAAAGAUCCUUGGAGCAUGGACAGAUUAACUGGAUUAUCUGAGAAGAUGCCUAUUCGAUCAAGAUCAUGAAGUUUGGGAGGAUAAAAAAUUCAUCUUAGUUUGCCGUGGAUUUUCAAAUGAGGUGCAUAACGUACAGUGCCAACUCGUUCCAAGUGGUCAUUGGCAGGCCAUUAGCUGGAAAAUUACUUCCAGUUCUCAUCACUGUGCAUAACUCAAGUUCCCCUUGGGCUCUGUCUGUGCCCUUCACGACAAGUCCUGUGUUAGCAUGGCAACUACUGGAUUUAUUUCAUUAAGCGUGCAGAUGGCAUGAUGUUUUAGAAAAACAAAUACAAGAGUUCUGCAGUCUC